UCUCUUCAAUACAAAUUUUAAAAGCGUGUUUUCGUAAAUCGGGAAAUUCGAGUGUUUAUGGCACGUCUGUUGUGCUAGCCGAGCAGCAUUGGGGGAAAAAAUGGUCAAACAACGGUGUUUAGUGUUCUUUGCUCCGCGUUUCACAUGAGAAAAUAUUUUUCAGCUCCGCUCGGGAAAAAACAGUAUACUUGGUCUGUCGUCAAAAUAUUAUAAUGCUUUCCAACUACGAAAAAGAGCUACUUGUAAAAAUUUGGGACAAAAUGACUCCAGUAGCUGAGGACAUUGGAUCUGAAGCUCUUUUAAGGAUGUUUACGACGUUCCCUAAGACAAAAACAUACUUUGCUCACCUAGACAUCAGCCCCCGCUCUGAGCACCUGCGCUCUCAUGGUAAGAAAAUCGUUUUGGCAAUAGCAGAAGGAGCCAGAAACAUAAACAAUCUAGCCACUACGUUGGCACCCCUCAGCAGAUUCCACGCUUACCAGUUGAGAAUUCAUCCUACAAACUUCAAGCUUCUCAACCACUGUAUGCUGGUGACACUGGCUUGUCAUAUGGGUGAUGAGUUUUGUCCGGUUGCGCAUGCUGCGAUGGACAAGUUCCUGUCUGCAUUUUCUGCAGUGCUGUCUGAGAAGUAUAGAUAAGGCCCAACCAGCUGACUCAACAUAUUUUAACAACAU